AUGAGCAUUCCAACUAGCUUCAAGGGAAAUGGGGUUGUUGUUGAGAGACCGGAAAGGAUAAGCAAAACUCCGAUCCAGUUCUCUCACACUGGCGAUGACAAUGCCAAUCAAUUAUCUUCUUUAAGUGAACAAGUAGGAUUAUUGGAGGAAACAGGUUGUCAUACGACUUCACUGCCACCUUUAGUAUCUCAAAGUGAAUCGAAUGACAAGAUGAUAAUCUGGGGAUCUGAACAGCAAUGUUCAGAACCUGGCCUCAGAGAGAUUGAGCUUGUGGACUGUCCAGACAUACAUACAUUCUUGAGAAGUCCCGAUGAGGAUGAUGACGAGGAAAGCACAAGAGAAGGUAAAGACGAGGGACCAAUGUCAAUAUCCUCUAGUUCAACUGCCAGCUCUUCUUCAACUGGGGUGAGAAGGAAUGACAACGACAGCAACAAAGUGAAAAACAGCACUGAGAUUGUCAAACAGGAAUGGAGAAAAAACAACAGUCAUAGUACAGAGCAAGACACGUAUUCAGCGUGUUUUGCCAAAGACGAGAACACCAACGUAGGUAGAGGAGCGCUCAAGCAGUCCAAGUCAGAAACAAAUGUGUUUGUCACCAAUCUGUCCACAACAAAUCUCAGUGGAAGUCUGUCAAGCGCCCUGGAUUCUGGUCGAGAGACUUUUAUCUGUCUGCCCAGCACGAAGACCAACAUUUGUUAUGCCAACAACACUACCUCAGCCCAAGCUCUACGAAGAGCGCCUCCUGUAGAUACCAACCCUCCACCAUUUCAGGGUUAUCAGGAGAAACACGAUCAACGCCAGAAUCAGGAAGAGAGAGGCCAGUGCAGAAACGGAUCUGAUGGAGGUCUCGGCCAACGGAGGAGGACUGGAUUUGAGCAAAGGGUGCUCCCACCCAAGCGGCAACAGCUCGUAAGACCCCUCUGCCAGACAGAGAUGGGAUUAGCUCAAAAUUCAGAUGAACUCAGUGUCCAGAGUGCUGAAGUUGGGCGAUCACCCUCCAAUAUUACCACAACAGUUUCACUGGGUCAUACUCAUAAUGGGUCAAACAAAAAGUUUAUAAAAUCCUCCUUACGUGAACCAUCAGAUUUUUCACAUCUGUACAGCACGUGCGGAGUCGUCCAGUCCAGAACGCCUGACCAGGCAGCCAAAAACGAGGUUUUAGUCAUAGAAAGGCAGCCUGGUUCAAAUAUGACUCCUCCUUUGAAUACCUCCAAACCUUCCACCAUGGAGAGGCGACCCCAGACUCAGUUCACCUACAGACGGAAUUGCUCCAGUCCGAAAAAGUCAUUUACGCCUCCGCACUCCCCUCUCAGGACACCCCAGGGCUCGCCGAGUAGGCAAACCUCCAUGUACCUCAUUUCAAAGGACACACGUAGAGGAGUUCAACACACCUUGUCAGAUGCUAGCCCCAAUCUAAAGACAUUAGCUCAGGGCCAUGACAGCGCGAGCAUUCGAGCACCAGUUAAAACCAACAUAAAUCUGACCGGAAUCCCCAAAGCGCCUCUUAACAACCAACAAAACACCGCCAACUCAAGCCAUAACUCGAGCCCUAGAGAGAGCUCUCCUUCACCGAAACUUAAACCUAAAGGAGCCCGCCCCAAAAUCAUUACUUACGUUCGGAAAAAUCCUCAGUUUAAGCCUCAGGCUGCUGACGGACCUUAUCAGGUAUCUUCUUUACCAGCAAGGUUGUCCACAUACACACACGGUGCAGGUGCAACAACUAAUUCCUUCAAAGACACUCCUAAAGACCCCUUCAAGCCUGAAAAAGAAACCAGAGGGGCACCAGUACUCAGUGCCUCCAACUUGCUUUAUGACAAGUACCACAAAGACAUGCAAACAAACAUCUUCCCGUCGGGAUUGUUGGCCAGAAGUUCCCGGGCUCCGGGACAUUCAAACACUGUCCCUCCUCACAGCUAUACAGCACCCCCAAAGCUGGGCAGUAAAACAAAUGAAUUCUAUGGAGAACAGUCUGAGGUUGGCAGAUCAGCCGGUUCUAAAGAUAAUUCUGCAGACGACCCACUGCAGCUUCGCAUAGCUGCUCAAGCCGGAGGGAGUGGCAGUCUCUUGCGCUCUGGUCGAGGUCUACGCCUCGGUCUAGGAGCGGUGACCAGAACGGCUUCAAAUUCAGUCAAGGGCAAAGGACCUCCUCAAAGUCAGAGAUCAACAAUCAGCCAAGUCAGCCAACAAGCCUGCCCGGCAACCAGACAGAAAAGCCACGAUACCGCAGCUGACGAUGAGGUUUUCACUCCACACGCUCCAGCGUCAGCACAGGACGUGAGCAGCAGGUCCCUGCUUCCCAAAGCGGGCCAGUCAGGCCUCCGCGCCCCUGGCUUCAGCUCCACCCGCGUCCCCGUGGGCCGCCUGGCGGCGUUCGGCUUCAUCAGGAGUUCCAGCGUGUCCUCUGUCUCCUCUGCGCACUCUGCCGACAGCACGCAGAGUGACCCGAGCAGGACCACGCACCGAUUGAGUGUAAGCGAGGAGCCGCCUAUACACAGAGUGAGCAGCGUACUCCCAUCAUCUGAUCAACAGAGAGGUGCUCCAUGUCGCAGCAACAGCCUUCAGCCUCCGUCCACACCGGCUCUGCCGCGACGAUACCUGCCCGCUCAACCGAGAAGCUCCCCUGGGGUCAUCAGAAAGGACUUCCAGCGAGGUUCAGAGUUAACACGCUCCCUGCCUUCCUCCCCAAAGAGGUUGGCCGUUGUGCCACCCAAACCUCAGUCUCCAGGUCACAAUUUUGCUCAUCCGAAGGUGAGUUCUCUACGGACUAAUGCAGUCACGACAUGUGAAGUCCAGUCAGGCCAGCGACCUGCAGGAGGACCAGCCCGGGCAUCCGUCACCCCUGGGUCCCCUCGACGCGUGCCCCCCCUGAAGCUGCAGCAAGAAAAAGAGGAUGCUCAGCAGAGAGAAGAAAGAAAGGCAAAGGCGAGAGAGAACGAGGAACAACGUGAGGAGCUGGAGAGGCUGCGUGGACGCUGUAAACAGCAAGAGAAGCAACUGAGAGCCCUAAAAGAAGAACUGAGGAAGACCUCCUUAGGUUUAGAAGCUUUCAUCAUCACCACUCAGCAUUACUGUCUCAAGAAUAAAACCGCUGAAGAAAAGGGAUCUGACUUGUUUGAGGAAAUUCAAACAAUUAAAGAGCAACUGGUGUCCAACUCUGCAAACUGGGAGAGACUGAAGCAGGAAAAGUCUGCAGUGGAAUCUGCAUUUGAACGAGAGCUGCAGGAGCUGCAGGUGCAGCAGGAAGCCGAGCUCGCCGCCGUGGAGGAGAGCUUGCGGAAGUGUCACUUAGCCGAGAUGGAAGAUCUGAAGGCGGAGCAUCAGUCGGAAAUGGAGGAGCUUAGGACUCAGCAGCAGGAGCAGGUGGAUGACAUGACAGCUCACCACCAGGCAGCCAUUCAGGAGCUCAGAGACAUGCAUAACAUCACCAAAGCAACAUUGCAUGAGGAGCACGCCCGAACCAUGAGAGACUUAAGGAAAGCUCACGAACAACAAAAGAUGCUGCUUGAGGAGGAUUUUGAGAAACUGAGGCUUUCUCUUCAGGAUCAAGUAGAUACACUCACAUUUCAAAACCAGGGUCUACGGGACAAAGCCAAGCGCUUUGAAGAAGCUUUGAGGAAGAGCACUGACGAACAGAUUGUUGAUGCCUUAGCUCCAUACCAGCAUAUUGAGAAGGACCUGAAGAGCUUGAAGGAGGUUGUUGAAAUGAAGAACCUGCAAAUACACCAGCAAGAGCAGAAGAUCUCCGACCUGGAAAAAGUGCAGGCCCAAAAGAAUGUGUUCCUUGAGGAGAAGGUCCAGGUCCUGCAGCAACAAAAUGAAGAUCUGAAUGCUCGUAUUGAAAGAAACCUCACCUUAUCCAGGCAAUUGUCAGAAGAGAACGCCAACCUCCAGGAAUCAGUGGAGAAAGAGAGCACAGAGAAAAAGCGACUCAGUCGAAACAACGAAGAGCUCCUAUGGCGGCUCCAGACCAGCCCCCUGAUGUCUCCUUCGUCCUCGCCCCUCCACCGCUCCUUUUCUACCUCCCCCAUCCCGUCAUCCCCGUUGUUCUCAUCGUCACCUGCACCUCCACUGGGAUGCCACACCCCCACUCACUGCCAAGGCUGCCCCCAGCAGCCGCAAACCACCUCUCCCUUCCACACGGCCAAUCAGAAUUACUCCCCUGGGCCGGCCACGCCCACCCACAUGGCAGCAACCAAUCAAUAUUACUCCCUGGGCCCCACGACACCCACUCAUAGGGCAGCAACAAAUCAGAAUUACUCCCCAGGCCCAUGCACACCCACUCAUAGGUCACCAGCCAAUCGAAAUUCGGCAGCUUGUGUCACUUUACAAAGAUAA